AUGUCUAGGGGAACCUCUCGUCUGAGUUCACCACAUCAAGUGGUGUCGGACGAAGCUGUCGUCUCUAACCAUUCCUCUUCGACUAUGCAUUCGAUCGCAGAUAUCGAGUACGCAGACGACAUAUCUCUUCUUGGAUCUGCUGCCGUCGUAAUACAUACAUUAUUAAAUAUUCUAACUGUUUCUGUCCCUUGGUUUGGCAUGCACCUCACACCUGCAAAGUGUAAAGUUCUACUCCAAGACUGGGCAACUGAAUGUGCUGCACCAGGCCGCCUCAUGUUUCAGUCCCUACGAUGUUUGAGAUAUCGUGAUACCUGCCUAUUUGUAAUGCACUACUCGGUUGCUGAAAAUUCGUCGACACUCCACGACCGGUCUCGUCCUUCUUUGGGCUCAUCAAUUAGGCGCAGUCCCCGGGUUUCCGCCAACCUCAUGUUCCACCUGGAACCAAAUUGCACGAAAUUAGCGAAAUACAAUCAUUUGCAAACUAAAAACCCAAUUCUUUGUUUUCCGCAUCUGUUAAUCAAUAGUACACACAGUGACUCACUCAUCACUUUCCAAUCGGAAUUUUUCCAGCUCAAAAUUAAAGCAACUGAAUGUGUUGCAUUAGGCCACCUCAUGUUUCAGUCACUACGAUACUCGAUAUAUCGCGAUACAUGUAUAUUGGUAAUGCCUGGAAACAUCACAAAUGAGAGAUUCAGCUUGGUUCCAGCGCUGAAUAUGGCCAAUGUUAUAGAUGCAUUCCAGAAUGACAGCGCUUUACACUCAGUACUGUUAAGCGUAAAGGUCCGCCCGUCGGCUGAUGGUACUAGGGGCUAUAUAAAACCUAAAAUAUGA